AUGGUGCACAUGAAUGACCUGGCAGAUGCUCUCAAGAGCACCAACAAUGCUGAAAAAAGAGGCAAAGGCCAGGUCCUUACUAGGCCGUGCUCCAUAGUCAUCGUCCGGUUUCUAACAGUGAUGAUGAAGCACGGUUACAUUGGCGAGUUUGGAAUUACUGAUGAUCACAGAGCAGGAAAAAUUGUGAACCUCACAGGCAGAUUUGAUGUACAGCUCAAAGACUUAGAAAAAUGGCAGAAUAAGUUGCUUCCAUCCCGUCAGUUUGGUUUCAUUGUCCUGACAACCUCAGCUGGCAUUGUGGACCAUGAAGAAGCAAGAUGA